AUGGCGCUGCAACAACCAUCCUUUUCCAACGCCGCCCUCCCCUCAAACCCAGUCCCUCCGCUUCCUUCCGCCGCCGUCGAUUCCUCCGCAGCCGCCGACGAAUCCUCCAAUAAGAAGCGCCGCCCACCCCCGGGCCCCGCGGAAGUGCUCGCCCACUACGAGUCGCAGGGCCUCAGCCCCCGCGAGGCCUCCCUCCGGGCUGUCGGCGAGCUCCAGGAACUCCUCUACAAGUACGCGGCGAAGAAGAACCGAUUCGCGACCGACUACCCCCGCAAGCUCGACAGCUUCAACACCCGCCUCGCCGUCCUCGAAAUGAAGCUCGACGCUAAACCUGGAUUUCCUGAAUCCUUGGCCAUCGGGGUCGCCGCCAGUGCGUUCGCCUCGUCCGUCCCCCACGUACUCAGCGGCCUCCGUAGCAUCUGGGACUCGGUUCGCUCCGCCUCUGGAGGCUCCCCUCCCCCUUCUUAG